UUUUAGAGUUGAUUAAAUAAAAACUAUUAUUAAUGAACACCAGGAUGAAUUUGAACCAUCUUUCCAUAUACGAAUACGGCAUCCCAGAAGAAUACAAAGUACGAUUAAAGAUCUUAAAGGUGGUCUACAUAAUCUUCUUCGCUCUAACAGCUGGCUCUGUAUUGCUAUCAUCAUAUUCACGAUUGGAGAAACACAAUUAUCCUGAAUUUAUAUAUGCGGGUGUUUCUUUUCUUGGUCUGAUCACAUCUUUUGCCUAUAUUCUAUAUCCCAAAUACGAUUUUUCAAAAAUGCUCUUCACCAAGGUGGUUAUUGUACUAUACGUAUUUAUAUCGAUUGGAGUGUUCAUUGGAACUAUCCUAUGGCUCAUCAUAGCAUCAAUCGCAGGAAAGAAGAGGUCUUGGAGUAAUGAAUACUACUCUGAUUAUCUCCGUGACAUAGGAAUAAUUUUAGUAAUUUUUCUCAACCCAUUCAUUGUUGCUCAAACUAUCCUUCUUACUUACCUUCUCAGAAGAAGGAUAGCUCAUAUCCUUAAUAACACUCUCGAUGAUAGUAACGAAGAGGCACUAGUGGAUUCAGAUGAAGAGAACGCAACUUGGGACGAUUCUGAAGGUGUAUCAGCAAGGCAUAAUUUAAAUGAGCCUUAUUACCCUAUACAUAAAAACAAGCUAGAUAGUAAUAAUUCUGUUGAUCAGAUUACUGCAGCAAACUCAAUAAUAAGUAGUGCUGGCAAUUAAUAAUAUCUAAUUUUAAGUAUAACGUUCUCCAACCUGAUUCAGAUUA